AUGUCAAGCACGUCGCGUAGCGAGAGCUCCUCGCCCGAUAUCCUGGGACCUCCAGGCGAUGCCGAAUACCUCAUAUCAUCCCCCAUCAAGCCAUUUGUGGGUCGCCAAAGCUGGCUGUCACCCGCCCCACGUCGCCAACAAACACCGGCCAAGCGACCGCGCGCAACCCUCAGUCCUGCGAAGAGCGCGCAUUCGAUCCGAUUUGAUGAUGUACUGCUCCCCGGAUCGCCUACAAUGAAGCUCAAUGGACGCCAGAGGUCACUUUCGCCAGAGAAAGGCGAGGACGGCAAUGUGAGCCCUUGGCGCAUUCGAGUCACUCUCGAGGCGACUCAGGAUGAGGAGAACGAAAACCGAGGCAGCCCGGCGCGCAAACGACUACGUCCUUCAACAACUACUACUAUGAUUCCUUUGAAGGACGAAAGGAGCCCACUGCGAGAGAAGACACCAGCAAGACCACGCGGGCGCCCACGGAAAUCAGAUGUGCAAGCUAAGAAUGGGUCGCCAUGGCCUGCUAGCGCAGGAAACACCCCAGGACCAAAAGGUGCAACUCCGCAGAAGAAUCCACGGGGGCGACCACGCAAGAGCACGCCGAAGCCGAAGGAGCAAGAAAUGCUCGUGGCUGAAGAUGAAUCAAUGCGAGCAUCAACGCUAUCGCCUGGCCCAAACUUACCGCACUUUAGUCCGAUGGACACUGCUUUUGACGACAGAGCCGACUCGCCUCGACAAUAUACCCCGAUGAACCUUGCGACAGAUGGUUUGGACAGUGAUUCACUCGGAGCCGAUGAUCUACCUGUCGCCUUCCUUCGCCCGCCAACACCAGCUGUGAUUAGGGAAAGCUCGGGCAACGAUACUACACAUGAAAAUACCGGACGCGAUUACGGUCGAGCCAGCUACGACACCCCCGUUAUUGGAUCCGCAGAGCACCACUACCUCGAUCAUGACGAGAACAUACAUUCUACACCCUCAAAAAUGCCAUCACCGACUCGAGAAAGAUCCGUUUCAUCUAUAAGAUCUGCGCGUCACGCAGGCAGUAUUUCUCCCCAAAGUUACCCUACACCUACGCCUACUUCUUCGCUGGUCGAGGAAGAAAUCCAAAAUGAGGAACCUCGAGUACAACACCAACCAGUGUCCGAUGAUCCACCUUCUGAGACGGACCCUACGGACGAGCACGAAGAGUUCGAUUCUAUCAUGGAAAGCGAGGGCUUCACGAUGGUCUCUUUGGACACCCUCCCUUCAGCCAAGCAAUAUGGUCUCUCUAGCGGCAAAUCAACAGGCGAAUCCUCGAGUGGUCGUAUCGGCGACAAGUUAAAGCGACAGUUGCCGGGAGGUAUCAAUGACCUUCGAAGCGAUAGUCAUAGUUCAGCCAGGCCGAGUCCAGCUACCAUAGGUCCUUCCUCCGCUUCACGUCUUUCACGCGCUCAUCUGGAACCGCAACAUUCGAACAGACAGAGCCCCCUUGUCAAUGUCUCCUAUCCAGAACUGCCUGCGAUUUCUCCCGAGAAGACACGGGAUAUAUCCGAGUUUGAACAUGAAUUUUCAACACAAGAAAGACGAGCAGAAGAGGACGUGUAUGAAGACUUGGACGCGGAGAACAUCAAUCUUGGGAUGUAUAGCGAAAGAGACGUCGAAGAAGAUGAAAAAGUCGAGGAAGCUGAGGAGGGAAACUGGGACGACGAUGAUGAAGUACAAGUUGUCGAUCCAUCUCCUCGGUUUAGGCAAACCUAUUCGCCUCGACCAGGUCACCGGGGCCCGGGAAGAGUCCAGCGGGAGAGCGAAUGGGAUACCGAACGACAGGCCGUGAGCCGGCAAGCUCGGGAUCCGACAAAUACCCAACGACUGAUCAAUAUUGAAAGUGAUGAGAGUGUCCCCCAGGAUGAGGUGGCCAUUGGCCAAGAUGCAUUUGACGCCUAUUCACAGUCUGAUGUAGAAUCUGUUGUGGACGAAGAAGAGCCUUUCGAUGAACGACAUUUGGAAGAGCCCGUGGAAGAACGUUAUGCAAUGAAACAUCAUGUGGAAGAAGUACCUCUUGAACGGGAACCUUUGACAGAGCAUCUUGUGGAGGAAGAGGAGGUCAUGGACGAAGAGCCUGUGGACGAACUUCAGCCAGAGAGUCCUCGUUAUUGGGAACAGGGGCCUACCCCGGAGCGCUCGCGCUUUGCAAACCACGCAGCGGAGAUUGAGCCAGAAGUCUAUGAGGACGACAAUGAGUCUGUCGAUAUAUGGCAGCAAGAGCCUGAACAUUCGGAGCCUGAACAUUCGGAGCCUGACUACAUACCUGAAUCGCGUGCCAUCAACCGGACAGCCGAUAUCGAGCAGGAAGCCAUGGAUGGCGAUGACGGAGGCUUUGGCGACAUCUGGCAGCAAGAAGCCCGCGACAACAGUUAUCUUUCGCAGCACUCGGAUGAUCGGGAACAAGCUCCGGCAGAGCACAGUACCAGCCCCUGGAGACCAUUGGAUGGGGUCUACGACAGAGAAGAAUACAUGAGUUCAUCUCCCGCUUAUGUGACCAUGGAUGACGGCAGCACGAAGUAUCUUGGACCAACACAUGUUCGCAAGCUACGGGAUGAGGACGUGGAUCUGUCGGCACUGCUGGCGCGGGAAGAUACGCCAAAUCAUGCGCGCUACUACAAUGGGACAAGUACUCCCCGAAGUAUCUUAAGCCGCCGGUCUGGCCAGCAGCCCCCGUCGAUCAACGGGUCCUCUAUCAAGUCUGUCUCUUCGCGCAAAACUGGUCAGCGUGUCCGCCUACAGCCAAUAUCACAGUCUCCAGAAAGGGAAUCGGAGCCCGAAGUCAGCUCACCUGCGGUGAGGCACAAGCUGCCACCUCGGCAGCCUCAGCCAGAGGAGGUAGAUGAGAUCCGCAGCGUUUCCGAUGCCGGCCUGCACGAGACUGAAUCCAUUCAGGCAGGCUCUGCCGCCACCCCCGAACAUCCACAUCAGCCUAAUGGGGAAGCUCCGGGGUCAACCUGGUUUCAGCGAAUCACUAGUCUCACCCCCAGGUGGCUGAAAGCCCCUGCUGAUUCUCAUGACGAUAGUUCGAGUGCAGUCUCCGAGAACGAGUCAGAGAAUUAUUAUCACGAGGACCAGGAGGCAAUGGACAGCAUCGAAUCAGCGAAAGAAAUUCGUGAGCACCUCGAGUAUACGCCUCGUUCAGUUCAUUUAGGCGAAUCACCACAAUCUCUGGACAAAUCAGCCCGUUCUCCUCAGCCCGACCCCGAACACACUCCCCGCCCUGUAGAAGAGGAGGAUGACGGUGAAGAGGAUCUGUUUAUUGAGCAAGUUGCUUCAAACCCCACUGCGAAACGCGAGGUGCUUUCCGUGGAAGAUUAUGACGAAGAUGAAGAGGAAGAUCUGUUUAUUGAGCAGGGGGUGCCCAACCAAAGCGCGAAACGCGCCGCUACAAACCUUACUACCGACGAUCCCCAUGAUCUGUCCGGGCCGCGACCUCUGGCAUGUUUCGGAUACUUCUCCGACGACCACUAUAAAGCCCUUCGGCGCGUCUACCGAAUGGCAAAGCGAGACCCAGAGCGCUUCCCAUAUUAUGACGCACCGGGCCGUGCACAGAUUAUCGGCGAUUGGAUCUGGACCUCGGACGGCCGUCACGGGGUGCCAAUCACCGAAGUACAGUUUGCCAUCAUCGAUCGAUUUGUACAUGACCUCUCUCGGGCCGAUGUACAGUACGGGGGGUCGGGGCAGGUGGAUUGGACAGAGGCUGAUCUGCAUCGGCGUCUGAUCAGCAUCGUUAUUGGGGAGCAGAUCCGAGAAGAGCGCAAGGCCAAGGUGACCCGCGGGGUCUCUGUUGAUACAUGGCGAUGA